UAUAGCUGCCUGCAUAUUCUUUCUGUCUGUCUUUUCCUUUGGGCUUGGGGCCUGUUUUGACAGCCUGCCUGCCCUGGAAGUAGACAAGGCUGAUUUUACAGUUUGCAUUGCAGCCUCUUUUUCCUCUGGUGUAAUGUUUACUUCCUACCUGUCAUUCCUUCUUCCCUUUCUCCUCCCUCCAUCCUCUUCUCCUUUCCCUUUCUUCCAGCUUCCAGUCUUUUCAUUUUUGUACAUGCAUACGAUAUGUCUAACUCCCCUCUCACACCCCUCUAAGGGACACCCAAACAUCUCCUCCCAUUUUCACGACCUCUUCUGUUUUCUUGGUAUGAGGACUGAUUUUCCUGGCUUGAUCCUAUGCGGGUCUUGUGUAAGUGGCCAUAGCUGCAGUAAGUUCACAAGUGCAAUGGCUAUGCCAUGUCCAGAAGACAGAAUUUCACUGUACUCUUUUUCCCAUCUUCUGACUCUUGGGUUCUUUCUGUCCUCCCUUCCACUAUAUUUCCUGAGCCUUGGCUUUGUGUAGGGUGUUGAUACAGAUGUCCCACUAAGGGCUGAGCUCUCAACAGUCAUCAUUCUCAGCACUUGACCAGUUAUGAUUCUCUGCAUUAGCUGCAAGUAGAGAGAGGCUUCCCUGGCCAAGGCUGAGAGCAGCAUAAUCUAUAGGUACAGACAUAAAUAUUUAGAAGGUGGUUUGUCAUCAGGUCUGUUUUAGAAAUACCGCAGUAGUAGGUUCUCCCUUAGGUUCAUAAUCUCCGUGGCUAUGGGCUUUUUAAGCAGGUUUACAAUACCAGGUAUGAAUUCCCUCUGUGGGCGUGUCUUGUCUGUCAGGCCAUUCAUUACAGUAGCACACAGGUGUCACUGCUGGGAAAUACCAGCGAUGGCUUUUCUCCUCCAGUGGACUGUGUAGCACCUUCCAGCACUAUGAAAACUAGCUAACAUGGAGGAAAUUCCAGGUCAACUCCAGCUUGAUUUUUUUUUUUUUUCUGUGUCCACAUGUAUUGUGUCUUCCGCGGGGUUUUACCAUCUGGUUACGAUGAGCAGUCAAGAGCGGUGCAGUGACCUGUAUGGCAUGGUGUUUAGACUGAGGACACUGUGAUAGUCAAGCCACUAAUGUAUUUGUUGGUUUUAACCUUAAACUUUUGUUUUGAUUUUUGUCUGCUCUACUGUCACCACCCUGACUGACCUAAGCCCAAGUCGGUUGAUAGGGUUUCCGUGAUAGAUGUUAGAAUCCUGAGAUGGUCACUGGUGUAGACUCGGAAAUGGAUGGGCUGACCUUCUGUGCAACUUCUCUUCUCAGACGGGUCACCCUUGUUGUCAUCCUCAGCAUUGCCGGAGCUUGAAGAUGCUGAAAGAGCGUCUGGAGAUGGCAGGAGAUCCUCAGCAGCAGAUGGGUGCUCCAGUGGUCAAACUAGAGAAGGAGCUGCCGUGGGGCAGGGGAGGGGAGGAUUCGAGUCCCGAGGCAUUUCGGUUGAGGUUUCGGCAGUUUCGCUACCAAGAGGCUGCUGGUCCCCAGGAAGCCCUCAGGGAGCUCCAAGAGCUCUGUCGGCGGUGGCUGAGGCCUGAGCUGCACACCAAAGAGCAGAUCCUGGAGCUGCUGGUGCUGGAGCAGUUCCUCACCAUCCUGCCCCGAGAGUUCUACACCUGGAUCCGGGAACACAGCCCAGACAGCGGCAAGGCUCUGGUUGCCAUGGUGGAGGAGCUGAUGGGGAGCACGGAGGCCAAGGCGGUUCCAUGCCAUGCCCAGGGAGAGCAGCUGGUCACAGCCCUUGGCGGAGGAUCGUGGCAAUCAGGCAUCCACCUGGGGCCGGUAGAAGUCAAACCUGAGUGGGGGCUACCCCAGGGGGAAGGAGUUCAGAGCCUUGGCCCAAGCACCACAGAACAGCUGAGCCAGGGCCCUGGAGAUGGGACACAGGCCUUCCAGGAGCAAGCAUUGCCCAUUCUUCACGUGGGUCCAGCGCUUCCCUCUGUGAGUGCCAGAGACCAAGAGAUGACUGCUGGGUUCCUUGCAGCCUCGUCCCAGGGUCUGGGGCCAUUUAAAGACAUGACUUUGGGUUUUCCUGAGGAGGAAUGGAGGCAUGUAGCCCCAGCUCAGAUCGACUGCUUUGGAGAAUACGUGGACUCACAGGACUGUGGGGUCCUUCCAGGUGCUGGGAGCAAGGAGAAGGAGGCUAAGCCCCAGCAGGAAGACCUGAAGAGAGCAUUUGUUGGGUUGAUCUCCGAUGGCUUUGGAGAAGCUGCCAUCCAGGUUCCUGGACCAGGGGGCACAUGUGAGCAGGAGCCUGGGAGCUCUGGGACCAGUCUGCCUGGGCUUCCUGUUCCUCAGCACGGGGUCCCCCUGCCUGAUGCCCUCAACACCCACAAUUCUUUCUGGAAGCCUUUCCAGUGCCCUGAGUGUGGAAAAGGCUUUAGUCGGAGCUCCAACCUUGUUAGGCACCAGCGAACCCACGAAGAAGAGAAAUCCUUUGGCUGCGUGGAGUGUGGGAAAGGUUUCACCCUAAGGGAGUACCUCACCAAGCAUCAGAGGACCCACCUGGGCAAGAGGCCCUAUGUGUGCGGUGAGUGCUGGAAGACCUUUAGCCAGAGGCAUCACCUGGAAGUGCACCAGCGCAGCCACACUGGGGAGAAGCCCUACAAGUGCUCAGACUGCUGGAAGGGCUUCAGCCGGAGGCAGCAUCUGCUGGUGCAUCGCAGGACGCACACCGGGGAGAAGCCCUACACCUGUGAGUGUGGCAAGAGCUUCAGCCGGAACGCCAACCUGGCAGUGCACCGGCGUGCUCAUACUGGGGAGAAGCCCUAUGGCUGCCAGGUGUGUGGCAAGCGCUUCAGCAAGGGGGAGCGACUGGUGCGACACCAGAGGAUCCACACUGGCGAGAAGCCCUAUCACUGCCCAGCCUGCGGCCGCAGUUUCAACCAGAGGUCCAUCCUCAACCGUCAUCAGAAGACCCAGCAUCGCCAGGAGCCUCCAAUGCAGUGAACCUACUAAGAGAACAACUCUGCCAUAGGAGCAACUUGUGUUGCACCGAGUAGGCUGGGCAGUGCCCAGUGAGGGACAGCAGAAUGUGCUCAAGUAGGAGGGCAGAGCCCGGAGUAUGUAUGGGAAGCUUGCAGAGGGCCCACAGUUUCCCUCACCUCUUACAGGGAAACACCAUCCUGAGCUUCAGGAUUUCUUAUCCUCUCACAGUGGGGAUGGGAACCCAGUUCCUGAGCAAGUUUAGAGGAAAAGGCAGAAUUUUAUUGCAAAUAGGUAGCUUGAAGCUCAUUUUCUUUCCUUCCUUCCUUCCUU